ACAGAUGCGUCGCGAUUCUUUCAAUGACGAUUACGUUACAUUACGUUACGUUAAAUUGCAUUGCAUAAACCGGGCAGCGAUGGCAUGAGGGUCGAGGCAAGCAAGACGGUCCUUUUUUCAUUUUGGGCUCAUUCUCUUCGUCAGCAGUGGAGACUUUUGUCUCGUCCAGAGCCCUUUUGCCUUUUGGACGAGUUGCAACAAUACAGGUGGUUUCGCGUAGUUAUCCUUCCAACCCAAGCAAUCUACUUGCUUGGGUUGCUUACGUGCUCGGUCUCGAUCCAGACAGAGGAGUGGGGGGGGGGGCAUUCGUCAUCCGACUCCACGGGCUGUGCGAACGGUCUGGCUUGCCAACUGCCUUCAUAGAGCCAUAUAAUAUGGCACUUACGUUUCACCAAUAGGUUUGCGUGGGGCGGGUCUGAUAGCACUUUUUGUGGAAAACAUUAGCCCCGUUCCGCUCGAGCUUUUGGUGGCUCUGAAAGCACCGUCCCUGCAUCGGAGCAAGAAUGAAGGAUUCCGCAA